UACUAUCUGGAGCCAAAAUAAAAUACGAAUGACCAAACCAAGUGCCGUAUAAUAAUGACUAAUUAUUUAUUUAUUUAUUCACCUUUCUAAGCAGCUUGGUUUGCACGUUUGACCUUUUCUGCCACACAAAUAUAAAACUUUACUAUUAGUUUUUAUUUUCGCGUCAGUGGGACCACGCAACAGUUAUCUUUCGGCCGCUCACUUUGUCCUCUCUGUGGCUCUCUCUUGCGCCACCUCACCCCUCAGCGCAAUUUAGAUCCCUUUCCUCACCCACCCGGCUUAAACUGAACCACCAUCCUUAUCCUUCGCCCCACCUCUAAUUUCAUCCUUCUUCUGGGACAUUUCCGCAAAAGGUUUCUUUUCCACCUUCUUUCUUUAGCACUGAGAUUUACCAAAUACCCUCCAUUUCUCCUCAACGAAUCUCUCUACUCCCGUCGAUUAGUCAUCAAAUCGGGGAUUAAUUAGGGCUGCCCAUUUCGUUUUCUCCAGCUUUCUGAGGUCUGAUCACUAGCUGGAGCAGUGAUCUUUUCACACCUGAUAAACGAUCGGCGAGCCUCUUUUUCCCGAUUUUGUGUAAUUUUUUUUUUUGGCUUACCUGGGGUUCAAAGCAUGUAAAGCUCGAGAUUACGAGCUCAACUGCUGGCGGUGGGUAACGAUCUCUUGCCUCCUUUGGUAUCUUGCUUCUCCUGGUGGGAAAUCGUUGCAGACUGCGUGGGAAACAUGGCUCGGAGUAACGAAGUCAGCAUAAAUGAAAGCAAGAUGGUGGUCCCUUUGAACACAUGGGUCCUAAUAUCCAACUUCAAGUUAGCAUACAACCUCCUCCGGCGUCCAGAUGGAACAUUCAAUCGCCAUUUGGCCGAGUUCCUGGACCGAAAGGUCCCUGCCAAUGCAAACCCUAUUGACGGUGUGUUCUCAUUCGAUGUGAUUGUUGAUCGAGCCACAAAUCUCCUCUGCCGAAUCUACCGCCCAUCCGACACUGACGAGCCGCCAAAUGUUGCUGAUCUCGAGAAGCCUGUGAAGUCCGAAUCUUCCUCUACUGUCCCUGUGAUUGUCUUCUUCCAUGGUGGAAGCUUUGCACACUCAUCUGCCAACAGUGCUAUCUACGACACAUUGUGUCGAAGACUAGUUGGACUGUGCAGAGCCGUGGUGGUCUCAGUAAAUUAUAGGCGUGCCCCUGAGCAUCGGUAUCCUUGUGCUUAUGAUGAUGGCUGGACAGUUCUCAACUGGGUCAAAUCGAGGGCAUGGCUCGAGAGUACAGACUCGAAAGUUCACAUAUUUUUGGCUGGAGAUAGCUCCGGUGGGAAUAUUGCUCACCAUGUUGCUUUGAAAGCUGCUGAAUCGGAAUCGGGUAUUGAAGUGUUGGGGAAUAUAUUGCUUAAUCCGAUGUUUGGUGGGGAAUUGAGAACUGAAUCGGAGAAGAGAUUGGAUGGGAAGUACUUUGUUUCCGUGCAGGAUAGGGAUUGGUAUUGGAGGGCAUUUCUUCCUGAUGGUGCUGAUAGGGAUCAUCCAGCUUGUAAUCCAUUUGGUCCAAAAGCUGCGAGUCUAGAAGGGGUGAAGUUCCCCAAGAGUCUUGUUGUUGUUGCUGGUUUGGAUCUUGUGCAAGAUUGGCAAAUGGCUUAUGUUGAAGGGCUGAAGAAGGCUGGGCAACAAGUGAAGGAUUUGUAUCUUGAGAAGGCGACAAUAGGGUUCUACUUGUUGCCAAAUAAUGCUCACUUCCAUACUGUGAUGGAUGAGAUUAAGAAGUUCGUGAGUUCUAACUGUUGAUAAAAGAAAAAGAAUCUAACUUUACUUUGCAGCAGUAGCAGCCAAAAAGGCGACAAGGAAGCUUUGACAGUCUUUUCACUCUGGUUUUUUUCUUUUCCUGGCUAGGGUUUUUAGAGUUUGCUUUUCUGUUGAUAAUGUGAUUGUGUAGUAUUACCUGCUUACGGGUGUCCAUUGAUCCUUUUCGCCAGUUGGGGUUUUCUGGCUCCCGGUUGUUCUUGAUUCAUGAAGGAUAUGAGUGCAGGAAGUGGCUCAGCAUCUAGCUGGCUGACUCAGGAUUUGUUGUCUGUUAUACCGCCGGAAUCGGUUUGAGAUUUGGGUGACGUAGCUUGAAGUAGAUUUUCUCCAGGGGAGAUAACUGUUUCUGCAGCAGUGCCAUUAAAGAAGGUUUCAAGGUUUACCCUUUUGAGGACAGGGUUCACUUGGUUAGGUUGAUAUGUUGGCUAAUGUUAUAUAGCUAAUCUUUAGAGAGAGACUGGAUGUUGUGGUAAAAAGAGAGAAGGAUCUCCUCCAUGGUAGUAUUGUCUUGUAAGUUUUACAUACAGAUGCUGAAGUAUAUAUAUAUAUAUAUAUUAUAAUAUAAGAAGGGUUGUUUUGCUUGUUGACAAUUCAUUAUGUUGCUUCUCUUGCACUUGAUGCUUGGCAAAUUGUAAUGGACACUUUGUGUACAUAUGUUAACAGCACGUUUAAACUUGUCGACGAAUGGCUCGACUGCCGAUCAAGAAUUGGAAGGUUGAGCAGAGAUUGCUCUGGAAUGAGGUACUGAAUCUAUUUGGAAUUGGGCGAAAGGAAAGGGAGGCAUGAAGCAGAGAGGCAGCAACAAAGUCAGGUGGCAGAGCCACUGCAAAACUUAGAACAGGGCCUUAGGAACGCAAGAAAACGAUAACACAACCGAAAAUUGCAGCACUUAUCUGUUCAUCCGAGGCACUAGCGGAGAGAAGCUAAUCCCCGUGCUGUCUGUAAGCAGUCUCUCUGCUUUUAAUUAGCAAUCCUUUAACUCAUGUAUGGCAAAGCGAUAGAUGAGACUGCUUCGAGAACCAGUUAUCAACUCUAUUUCCUUCACGGAAAGCUUGUGACUAAAGCGAUAGAUGAGACUGCUUCGAGAACCAGUCAUCAACUCUAUUUCCUUCGCGGAAAGCUUGUGACUUAUGAGUGCUAUGCAUAAUAAUAGAACAGUUACUCUGAU